AUGCCUAAUCCUGCCGCUGAAGCCAAACCUGUGGACGAUAUCCAGGGAGAUGGCCGAUGGAUGAGUUUGCAUGAAGCCUUUCUUCGAGAUGCAAAGGAGAAGGAGCCAGAAGUUGUUUUGAUUGGAGACUUACUUAUAGCAAAGCUGUCACAAUCUCGGCUAUGGCAGCAGAUGUUUGAACCUCUUCACUCCCUAAACUUUGGUAUUGGUGGUGACAGAACCGAAAAUGUUUUGUGGAGGGUGUUGAAUGGAGAAUUGGACCAAAUUGAGCCAAAGGUGGUAGUUUUGCUUGUAGGAACUAAUAACUAUGAUAACACUGCCGAUGAAGUGACUGAAGGAAUAUUAGCUAUAGCUCGUGCCAUUAGAGAGAAGCAACCAACAGCUAAUCUCAUAGUUAUGGGACUCUUGCCUAGAGGGGAAAAACCUAAUCCACUUCGGGAGAAACAUGCUGCCAUCAACAAACGCCUGGCCGAGGAGUUACAAGACAUUCCGCUGACCACAUUCCUGAAGAUCGAUGACAAAGAGUUUAUGUCUGCGGAUGACAUCAUUAGGCGGGAUGUCCUGUACGACUUUCUCAACCUGACUGUAGACCUGGGCUACCAGAAACUUUGUGAGCCUCUACUGGAGGAAAUACAGAAUCUCAUGGGUACGUUUAUUAAAGUGGAAAGCACCUCAGUGGAAACAUCUUCCAUCGGUGGAGAUAUAGCCACGAAUUAG